UAGACGCAUUGUGUGGUGGUGUGUAACCAUCACAAACCAACAAAAAGCAUUAUCACUAUCGGAAGCAGCAGCAGUAGAAGAAAUAGACUGAAUGAGUGGGAGAGGAGUAAGCUGAGGAAAUAAUGAAUGAAAAUUUUUGGACUGCGGAAAGCUUUUCUUAUCUGGUGGUGGACUUUUUCACAUUUUCCAGGAAAAGAUAUGGAAAAGAAGCAUACUCAUACAUUACAUGUGUUCAAUAGCCGCAGGAAAAGUAGUGUGUUUUAGAGCUACAAAUACCUUUGAGAGAAGUGUAUGUUCAGUUCGAUUACGAAGAGAAGAAAGCUAAGGCUAAGAAAUGAAAGUGAUUUUUCGUGUGUGUGCUAAACGUUUUUGAUGAGAAUUCAUGAAUGUUAAGUUGAAUUCUAGUGGGCAAAGAUUCGCUAGAGUAUUAGCUGUCGGAGGAAAUAUACCUGCCGUAAAAAAAACAAGUGGAGAUGUGAUCAAUUCGAACAGUGAAUGCAAUAACAAAAAUGUCAUUUCCCAGACGAUUACUAGUUCUUUAACGUGAUGUGCCAAGAAUGAUUUCAAUGAGAUCGUAUGUUAACACCUAAAUACCUCUAGAGGCGAUUCAACGAUUCAGCUAUUGUACUAUUUGUGUGGGAGGAACGUAUUUUUUUUGCAUUUAGAUACUAAGAGCAACUGAAAUCAAAAUAAAAUGGAACGAGUAUGGCGAAAAGUGAAUCAGGGCCUUACGAUGAGAUCAUUGUCAACGAAGCAGGCGGGGAACACAGCGAAUGUCACAUCGACCGGAUGUCUUCCGGUACCGGUACCGGGACAUCAGUACUCUACGGAUACAACGAGCUCCGCUGGGUUUGGUGAGUCGCAGGUGGUGGCCGUGCAGCAACGUCGGCGAUCCAACCCGACACAGGCCGGUACAACGGCCUCAUCUGAAAAGCGAAGACGCCGUCGGCGUCGCAGUCGGCCGAAUCGUGAUGGAAAUUCACAAGGUGGUGGACACUCUUCAGCUGGUCAUCACAAAAGUCACACGUCGUCUUCCCGCCGCAGUAAUCAGAUGGGCCUAAUGACUCAAGUCGGCAACGAACAGUCACUGAGACAACGGGCCGUAGCUCGGCUCAAAAUGUUCAAUUUCAAUCUCAGCUGGGAUCUACACAUGAAUCAGUGCAAACCGUGCGGUCCAAAAAGUGGUAACAUCAUAACUCGACGUCUUUGCCGCAACCGCAGGGGCGAGGACAAUGAACUCUAUCGCUCGAACAGCUUCAAAUUCGAGCGCUUCGAGCGAAAGGAACACGUCGGAACUGGAACGAGGACACUAAGAAAACAGAUUUCUGUCUGUGAUGACUACAGCUUACCGAUAGACUUUGUCAAAAAGAGACCGUCCAGUUUUGAUCCCUGCCUGGCGGAACGUUUUCCCGACAAUUGGGCAUCCCCCAGUCCACAAUCCGAGCACGUUUCGUUUCUAGAACCAUUAAAUUUGCAGCAACUCUUGUCAGCGGUUCCGACCAGCAGUUUGGGAGCGGUAACAGUCGGCAUUGGGACCGGCGUCGGUGGUGGGGCAACUGGAACUCUCCAGCAUCAGCAUUCCUUAAAGCAGCAACCACAACCGCAACUUCCACCCUCACUUAUUCCAUCUACAUCCAUCCCAGCAGCUACUGAGGCAGCCGCAAAUGCAGUAGCUAUUAAAACUGUUGAGGAGAUUUUCGACACCAGGAAAAGCUAUAAAAGAGGCAGCACUGGCCGAUCGCAAUCCCAGCGGCAAUCCCGGAGACCGAGCAGUAACUGUGAAGUUAAAUACAUCAAUCAGAAUUUUAGCUCAGGUUCAUCUGCUCCAGCUACUACUGAGGAUGAAGAAAAUGAUGACGAGGAUGAAGAAUUAAAUAAAAUACAGGAGCUGAAUUCACCGGAUAGCAUAUCAGAGGAUUUGUUCCAUCCCUUGCCGCAGCGUCAAAGUCCAAUCAAGACUACUGUUCCAGAUACUUCGAAACGAAAUCCGUCUCCCUAUUAUUAUUCUGAUCUAUUGAAAAACAAAAAUCAAGAUCAGACACAACAGUCUACUGCACCACCAUCCCAACAGGAAUUCAGUGAACCAAAAAAGGCCACCAGUAGAGCGUCAUCGGUAAGUGGCCGACAGAAAGAGCUUGGAGCUCGUUAUCGGAAGAGUAGCAGCCUCGAUACUCCUGGAGCCGAGAAGGAAGUGUGUUUGCCAAAACGUUACUCUAUAACCGAGGAAGGAGUUCGUAUAAUUCGCUGUGACUCACCCUCAACUACAACCUCGGACGAUUCUGAUUGCUCUGAAUGUCGAAAAAGAAGAGAUUGGCAUGCCCAGGCAUUAGCACUAGUGCGUGGUAAUUGUAAUCUUCCCCCACCAGCUGAUCCUUCAAUGCCACCACAUCGAAUGCUUGAUCCAGCGACAGUCUGUGCUUGCACCACGCCUGCAUUCGGCGAAGACAAUGAUGAGCUGUUUCGACCUCGCAGCGUAUUCUAUGUACAUCAACCUGGUGCUCAUAACUGUGCGGAUUGUACUUUGAGUGACAAUUCGGCAACUUUGAACGAAGAUAUGACGAGUAUUCGAACGCGGAAAAUCUACGAGACAGCAUUCGAUUCUAAAAUUACCCGAUCGGAUGACGACUUGGAUGAAGUGGAUCGGGUAACUAAUCAGUCAGUCUUGCUGCAGUACAAUAAAAGUAAUAACAGUAGUAGUAGCAACAUGGUUUCCAGUCAAAAUAAGGAAAACCGUGAUAGAAGUAAACGUGCCGAAACGAAAAGAUCCAAGAGCUCUUUGAAAUCGCCUUCUGUGACACAGAUACAAACCACGGUUGAUAUUGAACCCAGCCAGGACACGAACCUUUCCCAGGAUUUGGAGAAGCUCCAGAUUGAUAAACAGCUAGACAAUAUCACCAAUGCAAACUCCACGUCUUCCUCCCAACUUCCACUACGUGGAUAUACUCCUUCUCCGCCUUCGACUGCUCCGCUUCCGAUGAAAUUUCCCGGCAAACAUGAGCGUUUUUUCAUAAACAGUAUAAAAAGUGCACCGAAUCUUCCUUCUUCCAAUGCGGCUCAACAUCCGCGACUGAAAGAUCUCCGAUUAGACAUCCAGGCAAUACGUAGUAGCGAUGUUCCUCCUUCCGGCAGUUGUGAUGGUAGUAUUAAUAAUUCUUCCUAUAACAGUCCGAAAAACAGUGAAAGACCCCGGUCAACUAUGUGCCUGGAACCAGAACGCGUUCUGGAGCUGAAGCGCAGUCACAGGAGUCACAAACAGCGAGGAAGGAACUUUUCUUCCACAGAAAGUAUGGCAACUUCCAGUAGUGGCGGAAGUAUGGAAUCUCUCAAGUCUAGCACUAGUGAAGGGAAUCGCAGUACAUCCAGCUCAGACUCUCGCCAUUCCUCGUCGCUAAGUUCACAUAGCUCCGAUUCAGGGCCUACAGUUGCCUUUCCUCUGCGAGCGCCUGUGGUAAUACACAACAAACUGAACAUACUGAGCCCGAUUUCGGACAAAUCUUCCCAGGAACCCGGCUCGGAGACGUCCGAUAUCAAUCGAAACAAUUCACAAAAGCAGUCUCCAGAUGAUACGACAACAGGGGUCACAGCAAAGAAGGAAAACGAUGAUAACGAGGCUGUGAAACUGGCUGUUUCAAAGAGGCGAUCAGCACCGAAUAAAACUCUUUUGCUUAUAACAGGGCCAGAAAUUCAAGGUUCGGAUAGCGGAAUAUCGCUGCAUUCGCGAGAAGAUGUUAAAUCGCGAACAAAUUUUCUAAAUUUGGGCAUUCAACGUGCAUCGUUGGGUUUGGAGAAAUCAGACUGUGGAAAACCAAUUCUUACUCAGGAUUUUAGUGAUCUUCCAUUCGACAUGCCGAAGCUUAGGCGACGACGAGCUCAUUUACAACAGGAACCUUGCACAUCAGGAAGUGUUACGUCGGUCGAUGUUGGGGAUCUUCCCUUCGACAUGCCCAAAUUAAGAAGGCGCCUUCGCAUGUCACAAAACCAACAUCAAAUCGCCGUACCUUCCACUUCUGGAAUUCUUCUGCAGACGAGCACAGAAUCCAGCGGGUUAUCGCAGGCAUCUUCCAGUCUAUCCAUGCGAGACUCUGAUAACCGGGCUGCAAUGGUCGGAGGUUUCUAUAAACAAAGUCUGACCUUGAAUCUGAAUGAGUGCAGUGCAAAGCCAACGAAAAAGUUUGGAACACUGGACCUUGGGCUGAGCUUUAACGCCGUGCGUUCAAACGUCGAUCUGAUCGAUGCCUCGAUUCCGCUGGAUCGUCAAGGAUGGUACCACGGUUCAAUCAGCCGUAUAGAUGCAGAAAAAAUUCUCCGACCGCUUGGCGAGGGAAGCUUUCUGGUGCGCAACAGCGAAUCGACUCGGCAGGACUAUUCGCUUACCUUGAAGAGCGCCAAAGGAUACAUGCACAUGCGGAUUCAGCGCGAUCCGGAUACGUCACAAUUCAUUCUGGGCCAGUUUAGCCGACCAUUCCCGACAAUACCGGAUAUGAUACGACACUUCUGCCUGAACCGGUUACCAGUCCGAGGUGCAGAACACAUGUGCCUCUUGGAACCAGUCAUCGCACAGAUUCUAUAAGCUGCGGAAAGACCGAGUGGUUCUUGAAGAGAUCCAAUGCAUCUUUAGCAUCCGUAGAUUUCGUUUGGAGUGAAAUCCACAGCAGUAGCCUGCAAAGUGUAGAAGUUAACGGUCAUAUAGACAGCUAGUUUAGCACCCGGGAUAGCUUCCCAGAAGUUCUACCGAUAGCAGAUGUUCCACGAAAGUAGUUCGAGAUUAUGAUGGAUCUACGUUCCUUUCAACCUUUAUGUUUAGUUAUGGUAUCUGCAGUAGUUUUUAACUGAUCUUAAAUUGAGACAAUAAACAAUAAUUUGUUCAUGGAAGCAAAGAUUGUACAGAGAUUGUAAUUAGGAAGAAGGAAGAUGAAAUCAGCAUGACGUAACACGAACGGUUUUUAUGAUUAUAGGUUUGAGCAGUCUACUCAUUAUAUUGUGAUAAAGUAUACUUUGUUGAGGGUCGAUACUAUAAAAUAUCUAUGAUUUGAGUUUUGGACAUUGGCGUGCCCAAAAUUGCAUGAUUAUGGUUUCACUCGCAUAGCAAAUUAUGUUACCGGUACGAAAUUGGAGAAUACUUAAUUAGAAAUGCCAAAGCACUGUGACAUGGGAAUAUUUGCAAUUCUAUAUACGAGUUAGAGCAUUGAGCAAAGUGCAAUAUUGGAGAACAAGUAGUUUCCGUAGUGUGAUUUGGACUACUUUAGGUUUACACUAAGUUUUGUGUAGAGAUGCAAAGAUAGUGGAUUCACCGAGUGAUACAAUAGCAAGCAGCAGUUCUUUGAAGUGCAACAGGAGCAAUUGUGCAUUUCAUAAAGCAGAAGAUUUUCUCACUUUUAGCCGCAACAGUAACCGAAAAGCCAAAGCCCAACUUUUGAGAAAAAAAAUUGUGUCAACCACAGUCAGGUUGGAAAGCUGUAUUUCUGUAUUUAUUCAUUCAGAGUAAUUAUAGUGCAUCUAACCAGCUGUAUAGAGUGUAGAGUAGUAAUUCACUAAGGUUCGUGGAUGUUUCAGUAUGGGAAAAAAAUGCAGGUGAAACUGAUAAUUACUAUUAAAUUUGAACAGAUGCAGCAAAAUACCCACACAUAUUAAAAGAAUCACUUAGUGAUGGAAAAACAUUAUUAAAAUGAGAAAAUAUAUAACAAAAUAUUACCUUUGAAAA